AUGACAUCAAUACAUUCCUUGGUUUCAUCUUCCAAAUAAUAGGAGCUUAAGAAGAAAAGGUCUUCAUAAAUUUUGCAAAAGCCCAUAACCAAAUAGAAAACUUAGCUUGUUAAAUGGAGUAAAAGUAAUUACGAUUCAUUAAUUUAGCUCGUCUAAAUCAAAUAGAGGAAGGGAAUUCUUUAUACUAAAUUACUUAUUUAUAAAGAAUGGUAUAAUCAUAAAAAAGAAAUGGAUAUUCAUGUCGAUCAUUAGGAGCAUUAUUGAUCGACAAAUUUUUAAUGAAGGGUAAAAUUUUAGAAAGGAAAUAUGAUAAAGAAUUCGUUGAAUAUAAGUUAUCAUUUUUUGGUCAAAAUACUGGAUUUUAGGGAAGACAUAAUUUAUAAGAUGAUGAGAUGAUGAAUUUUUACAAUCGAUUACCUUAUGAAGUGAUAAAUUAAAAUAAUAGAAAUAUAUUUGAAGAGAAUAUUAAUAAACCAUAUGAAUGUUUGAAUUUUCUUUUUAUAGAUGGAUAAUUGGUUGGAAUAAAGAAAAAAAUGAAUUUUGAUUUUCUAAGAAUGAUGGGCAUAAAUGAAGAAAUUUUAGAAGAUUAUAUAUCAAAGGAAGAUUUACUCCCAAUAUGUUGGGACAUUUCUAAAUUCGUUAAACAAAGUGAGGGAAUUUUCUAUAAUUCCAAUUUAAUAAAUUUUUAAGGAGUAAUUUUCAGUUCCUAAAUAGAAAUAAAAAAGUUCAUAUAAUCAGAUUCUUCUUAAGAGAUAUCCAAUUAAUAUAUUUAUUAUAUUUAUAAUUGUGAUAGAUGUUUAUUAAAUGUUAAUAAACUCGAAAGAAAUUUCUUAAGUUAUUUUAAAUUAUAAGAAUUACCUUUACCUUAAUAAAUUUCAAUACAUAAAUCAAGAAUAAUGAAACCAUGUCUUGUAAAGCCGAUAAUUCAUUUGAAAUGA